AAAAAUGAAAGCAUUCGAUACGUGAAUUUUGAAGCCGCGGUGAGAAAUUGAAAAAAUUUUGCGGUAGAGAGAAUGGGAGAAAAGGGGGACGAAGAAGAUGAAAUGGUACAUGGCUUAUCGUGAACGACUAUUUAUCGGAUAUUUAUUUAUGGGGCUACUUUUGUGAUAUUAUUUUAAUUUUUGUUGCCAUUUUUGUCAUUUCCCCUUCGUUUUUUCAACCAGUAUUAAACGCAUUCUGUCUCAUUCAGACGAAAGAAACAUUAUUCUUUUUGCUAGGGUUUUUCCGGUCCUCGUUCGUGAAGAAGGUUUUAGGAGGUGAAAAAAUGAAGCCUAUUUUUGUUGGGAACUUUGAGUUUGAUACUCGCCAAUCAGAGCUGGAACGAUUUUUCUCAAAGUAUGGAAGAAUAGAGCGAGUCGACAUGAAAUCUGGGUAUGCUUUUGUGUACUUUGAGGAUGAGCGAGAUGCAGCAGAUGCAAUCCGUGGGACUGACAACAUGCCAUUUGGUUAUGAAAGGCGCCGUCUGUCGGUGGAAUGGGCAAAAGGUGAACGUGGUAGGCAUCGUGAUGCUCCGAAGUCUGGUGGAAACCAGAGACCAACCAAAACAUUGUUUGUCAUAAACUUCGACCCUAUUCGUACUAGGGUCCGAGACAUAGAAAAACACUUUGAACCUUACGGGAAAGUCCUUCAUGUUCGCAUACGUCGCAAUUUUGCAUUUGUGCAGUUUGAAAAUCAGGAAGAAGCCACAAGAGCUCUGGAGUGUACACACAUGAGCAAGGUCCUGGAUAGAGUGGUUUCUGUGGAAUAUGCAUUGAAGGAUGACGAUGAGAGGGGGGACAGAUAUAAAAGCCCUAGAAGAGAUUUUGGCAGGCAAAGGGAUAGUCCUUAUCGAAGGUCACCAAGCCCAAUUUAUCGUAGGAACCGACCAAGUCCUGAUUAUGGCCGACCUCGUAGUCCUCUUCAUAAUGGUCCAUCAUAUGACAGAUACAGGAGUCCAGAUUAUGGAAGGUAUCGCAGGUCUCCUGUGCGGAGGGCUUGAACUUGAGUCAGUACUUUAUCUGGGAGAGCUUGUACCGUCAUAGUGUAAAUGCGUGAUGCAGUCUGCUUGUAUAGGAGAUCUUUCUUUUAUUGAUGUAAUGGAUUAGCUGUUGCUUUUAACUUUGUGGAUCAUAGAUUAUGAAUUUAGCUGUCAGUGAACAUUGUGAAAUAGAAUCUCAUUGCCCUAUGCCUGUUGAGACA